AUGUCCAAAACCACCCCUAAUCCCGUCGCCUAUACCUAUGGACCGCCCCGUACCGGCUUCGGAGUACACUUCAUCCCAAAUCCGGAACCCAUCUCCGACGCAACAUAUCACAUAGCCGGUAUCCUAGUAACGGUCUUCGGGCUCAACGAACUGCUCCCUUCCACAAGCGAUGUCGCAGUCCUCUGGCUCUUACACCCACGGCUGCAGACACAAGCAUGCAUGGCACCGUUCGCUGCCCACCUAGUCACAGAGUGGAACCGAUAUCAAAUUCGCAGAAACCCGAAGACGAGGAAAGGUCUGAUUGCUGUCUCCUUUGAUCAGCGUAACCACGGAACCCGCCAAGUCAGCGCGAUCGCCAACGAGGCCUGGCGUAGCGGCAAUGAGCACCACGCCCAGGACAUGUUCAGCUGCUACGCGGGCUCGGCGCUCGACACGUCGCUGCUUCUGGACUACUUGGCAGGAUACGUCUUCCCGUCAAACGAGCGGCGCAUUGUGCAAAACCUCGUCUUGGGCAUCAGCCUCGGCGGGCACGCGGCCUGGCACUGUGUGAUGCACGACCCGCGCAUCAGUGCCGCAAUCGUGACUAUUGGAUGCCCGGACUACGCUCGCCUGAUGACCGAUCGCGCCAGGCUGAGCAAGCGUAAGACCUGGACGGAGACACAGGGCAGAGACUUCUUGGGCUCGCCUGACUUCCCGGCCAACUUAGUCGAGGCGGUCCGCAAGUCCGAUCCGGCCGGUCUGUUAUGGUCAGGCGGUGGACUGAAUCAGCAAGCGGGCCAGGAAUACUUACACGACGACAUGACGGCCGAGGAGAAGGAAAGACUCAUGUCUCUCAUGACACGAUGUCUGGGGAACAAGCGCAUCCUACAUCUCUCGGGCGGGAGUGAUAAGUUAGUCAGCUAUGCGCACAGCAAGCCAUUUUUGGAUUGGCUGAAAAAGGCGGUCGGUAAGGGCGGCUGGUUCGACGGUAAUGGCCUGUAUUUGGAAGAUAUUGUGUAUCCUGGCGUAGGGCAUGAGGUACCAUCGAUGAUGGUGGAUGCGAUGGUGAAAUUUGUGAAUGAAACGCUCGAGAAUGAACAGGAGAUGAGGCAAGGGAAAUUGGGGAGCAAAAUAUGA